AUGUGUUAUUAUAAUGGGCAGAAAGUGACCAAGAAUGAGCUGAUCCGUUUGCUCAAGCUUGAAAAAGCGGUUAAAAACUAUGAUUUCCUCAAUGAGGAGCUCAAGUCCGGGCUUGAAUACGGACUAAGCGCUGUGCUUGUUCCCAGGGCGGGCGACUGUCCUGAUUUUGAUAUCGUGCGGAUGGAAUGGGGAUUUAUACCCGGUUAUCUGAAUACGCGCGAGGAGGUAGAAAAGAUGCGCAAGGGCUAUGCUGAUGCAUCUGGAAAGUUCCAGAAACCGAUAGUGACAUUGAACGGUAGGGGCGAUGAGCUUAUCAAUCCAAACAAGAUCUACCGCAAGGCGGGACUGGAAAGACGUUGCCUUGUGCUGUCGAGCGGGUUUUACGAAUGGCAGCAUGUGCAUGGGAAAAACAAACGGACGGGCGAACCAUUGAAGACUGCAGUAAAGUACCCUUAUCGUAUCGGGGUAAAGGACCAAGAGUAUUUCUAUAUGGCAGGUAUCUGGCAACCGUGGACCGAUCGAGUUACCGGAGAGCACGUGUCAACAUUCGCUGUGGUUACUACGGAGGCCAACCAGCUGAUGGCCCAGGUGCACAAUAGUAAAAACCGUAUGCCGUUGAUCCUGGAAGAGGAGCUUGCCUAUCGCUGGAUGUUCGAUAAGCUGGACGAGGACCAGAUCAGGGAAAUAGCCAAUUAUCAAUUUCCGUCCAGUAAAAUGUAUGCCUAUACGAUCGAAAGGGAUUUCAGGAAUACCAGUACGCCUACUGCUCCAUUUGACUAUCCGGGCCUUGCUCCACUAAAACUAACAGCAUAG